GGGCGACAGCCUGCACUCACUUGUCUGGUCUAGAGAGGCUGCAUUGGGUUCCUGCCUGGGUUGGUUUAUGCAGGUCGCUGGGACUCAGAGCAGAUAUUUAACCCCGUGCUAUGCGUUUACUGGGAUCAUCAGUCGUCGUCGCUUUUCUUUUUGCGAAGACCUUUCCAUUUUAAAGAGGCGCGACUGGGGAAAUUGCAGCCCGUAAUGUUCAAUCCGCACAUUCACCAUCAGCAGCAGCAGCAGCAGCAACAGUUCCACCAGCACCUGCGGCAGCUUCAACAACUUUUUCAGCAGCAGCCUCCGCCUCCUCCGCCACAGCCGCCUCCGGGGCAUCAUGUCGCCCAUCACCACCACCAGACGCCGCGGGCCAUUCCUGUGCCGCCUCAGCCAGCCCCUCCACCCAGGAUGGUCAACCUGUGUCAGGCAACUCAGACGACCAUCAUCGCUCCCAAUCCCAUGUUGCAGGGAGCCAUUCUGAUGCAGCAGAUGCAGGGUAACAUGCGGGGCUUUGGGAUGGGUGGGCAGCAGUUCCGUCAGUUCUUCCCGGCUGGAGCGAGGUCAUCUCUGCUCGGCCCAGUUCCCAUGGGCAUGGCCAUCAAGUCUCCCAUCAUGGGUUUUCCAGCUGCACGGUCCUUCCACCCUCAUGCUCGCUACUACAACAACACCACUGCUCCUACAGUCUCUUCUGCCUCCUCGUCCAGUGCAAUGGACACAGCAGCUCGUCAGCCAGACAGAAAAAGAGACAGCGAGCAGAUGGCAGCUGGGAGCAUAGACGAGCCAGCAGCUAGCGGAGCCAUUGAACCUGAUAAGUCUGAAACAGUGGGGGGAGUGGAUAGUCCCACACACAUGUUGGAGGAGCAGCUUGAGGAGCCUGCAUUGAAGAAACUGAAGACAGAGGGCUCAAAUGAGCUCAAAGAAACUGCGACUUAUGCAGAUGAGGAGGUUCUUCUGUUAGAGUCUAAUAGCAACAAAGAAGAGGACAAGCCUGGAGACUGCACCAUUGUAGAGGGAGGAGGCUCUUCAGGUGGUUCAGAUGUUGUUGAAGCACUGGAAGAGCGCAGAGCUGAUGAGGUGCAGUGCAGUUCCUCUGGCCCUUCACCCUCUGGGAGGCUAAAUGAGGAUGACCAGCAGGUUAAUUCCCCCCCUGAAGAAACACAAAGGAACGAUAGCACUCUGGGUUCACCUGACAACCAGGAUGGAGGAGAGGAGGGUGUAGCAGAGGGGGCCAACAAGUUCUACUGCUACCUGUGCAGCAUCACCUGCCACAACCAGCAGAACUUCAGGAGUCACAUGAACAGUGUGUCCCACCAGCAGAGGAUGAUGGAGAUCCAACACAUGAGCAACGCCUGUCUGGUCACCCUGCUGCCACGAGUGCAGGAGUCUCUACAGGGAGCAAGCAAAGAUAGUGAGAAAACUUCUGAGUUGAAGCGCUGGUGUUCCACCUGUCACACCCACUUCACUAGUAGCGUAAUGGACCACCGUCGCUCUGAAGAGCACAAACUUGCCAGUAGAACAACCAUCUCCUCCUGCACAGUCUGCAAGAAGCAUUUUAGGACCUCACAGAUAUUUGUGGAGCAUUUGCAGUCACAGGAGCACAGACACAAAGUGGAUAAGCUGCAGGAAAAAGAGGGUGGCGAUGCUUUGGGCAACCUGACUGUGAUGGACAAAGAUGGCUUUUUGUUGGAAGAGGAGGAGGGCAGUGAGGUAGAGGAGGGUGAGGACAGUCCGAGUAAUGAAGGAGACCAGGACUGCUUUGAAAAACAGGAUUGCUGGUCCCCCAUUAAGGAAGUAACCUUAAAGGAAAUGGCAAGUAAUGAGAAGUAUGACCCUGAUACCGCCUAUGGGUCCAGCUUCUUUGUGCCCGUAGCAGGUUUCAUCUGCAGACUGUGUAAUAAGUUCUACCACUUUGAAUCUUCGGCCCUGCACACCCACUGCAAGUCACGGAAGCAUUUUGAUAACCUCAAGGCGUACAGAUUGUUGCUGAGUCAAAAGGGUGAAGCGUUUGAACCUUCCAGAGAAUCUCUCCUGGUUGAGGAAAGCCUCAGGCCCGCAACAGACGCCACCACAGACUGUCCAGAAAACAGUUCUCUUUCAAAUGAGACUGGAUUAGAGACGAGCCUAGACUCCAUGCAGCCCAUCAUUAACCUUACCCGGCUGAAAGUUGAGACAGACAACCAACAGCGGGAAGAUGAAGCAGAACCCAGCCUAACCUCACAGGACCUCAUCACCUCAGGUUCCAGCAGUAAUAGCACAGACCAAGACCUCCACCUCCAUAACCAAGAAGAGACCACAUCCCAGGAAUCUGUAGAGCAAGAGAGUCUUGGCGAGCUGCCUUCUGGCAGCAGAGAGGAGCCAGACUCACAACCGGCAGCUGCUGUUGGGGAUGUGAAUGAAGUGGACGAGGAGAAGGAAUCUCCUGCUGUCCCAGGGAAAAAGAAUGGCACAGGGAAGGCUAAAGCCACACCCAAACGCAGGUCAGGGAGGGCCAUGAACAGACGCUGAGCCCCGGAUUUGAUGUAGCAUCCUUGGAAUGGGAUGUGUCAAUAUAUGAAGCGGUGCUUUCAUGAAACAGAGACCAAGAAGUGAGCAGCCCUGCAACCCCCCCAACCACACACACACACACACACACACACACACACACACACACACACACACAGCAACAAGGCCGUGGUGCAGCAGGGUGGAAAUUUAACACAGGAAAUGCAUUGAGCCUCAUCAUAUCAAUAACAAAACAGAAUCCUGCUUCUCCGUUAAAUCUACUGUCUGAGUAUGAGGUGUGCUCAUACUUCCCUUCCACCAGAUGAUCUACUGUGACGAUUGUACUCUACAUGAGUAUUAAAGAAUUGGAAUGUCUUCUAAAACGUAUAUAUAAUAUCAUUGGUUAUAUAGCCUAUAUGCAACUUCCAUCGAAAUCUACAUAUUGAGAAUGAUUUUCUAAACAUUUCAUGUGAAGACAACAUGAGUUACCUCUUUUCCUUUUUUUUUUUUUUUUUAAUUUUCCACCCUGCUGUCGUUGCAGAUCAGGAGGUUGAUGAGGGCUGAAUGUCACUCUUUGCACAUUGUCUAGCUAGCUGCGUUAAUGAUUGUUAACUUUCAAUAACCUGCAAAUGUAGAAGACGUACUGACAGCAAAGUGGAUACAUUUUCCACGUUGCAAUUCACGUAGCGCACGCUUGUAGCGAGCUGAAAUGUAGAAUGUAACCAAAUUAAGUGUUUGAGCAGGCGACAGCUUUUGUUUUAAAAGUGUUAAAAUGGUACGUUUUCUUUUUGUCUUUUUUUCGUACACAUCUCUGGCUCAAGACGAGGUUGUGUUUGGGGCUAAUAUAUUUGUCAGCUGUCAAAGCCAUGUACAGAUUCUUAUUGGCUUACAUCCUACUAAAGCUCUAUCACCAUUUCAGGAGCAAGACAUGAACAUAAAUUACAGCCUAACUGACUCUGCUUGAAUUGAAAUGUGUCAGUAUAUUCAGGCAGACAGGGUUAUUUUCUACAAAAUCUCAUUUGAUUCUCGUUACUAUAGAAAUUGAUCUAGUGUGCCUACAUUUUGAAUAAAAUAAUGCAUCAUGUCAUAUUUUUAUACAUAGAUGUAUGGAAAUGAAAUAGUUGCAGCUUAUUUGCUUAAGGUUCACCCUUUCUUCUUUUACCCUCCUCAAAGAUGUUUGAAUUAGUCCAGACGGGAGAGUUCAACUCACUCACUCCCUUAUAUUCUGAAUUGCUUAAACCAUUCAAGGGGCAUUGGUGACCCUUGGUUGGUGAAGCCAAUCCCUGCUGUCAUUCAGGCAAACGCUGGAGUAAACACUGGACGAGUCCCCAGUCCAUCGCUGGGCCACAUGCACAUUUGCACUCACAUCGUAGAAACUCCAGUUAACCUUCAUGUCUCUGGAUUGGAUAGUUGAAUUUAUAGAUUUAUUUUAUCUACAAAGUCAACCCAUAAAACAUUUGUAGCUAUUUAAUGGAGCAACGUAUCCUUAAACACUGAUGCAAAGCACCAGUAACAUAACAGAUCAUCUUUGGUUCUGGCAUUUUGGUUGUCACGCACACCAGCAAAUAUUGUAAAUAGGGAUGUGUUCUUUUUUUCAAGUUGUGUGCUGUUCUGGAAACAUUUCACCUUCCACUGUAGAGAAUUACAUUUUUAACCACAGAGGAAUAACUGACACAUGUAGCAUCUCUUAGGUUUGGUGGCGACUGUCACAUGACUACAACGUUCUGGCUGAUCUGGCCACAUUGGAUCUUUAGCUCUGACACAAUAUGGAACAGGGCAGAGGAAAAAAAAAGGACAUGUAAAUGAUCAUUUCAAAAAAAGUUGUAUGUUUCUUAUUGUAUUUUUAUUCAGCUACUGACAAUUGAGAUGAACAGGUGUUUUCUAACUUCUGGAAGUUUAAUGUAUUUUUGGAUGUUUGGAUUUUUGUUUAGAAGUCAUUUUAAUUUGUAUUAAAAUGUCUGAUUAUUCCCACA